GGUGUGUGUCGGGCACGCGCAAGCGCCCGAUGCCCGCGCCGACCUCUGAGCUGGUGGCCAUGGGGCUCUCGAGUUGGCGGUUGGUGGUCGCGGCCGGCGCGGGUUUCGCGCUGGCCCUAGAGGCGCUGCCGUGGCUGGUGCGUUGGCUGCUGGCCGGGCGGCGGCCACGGCGCGAGGUGCUCUUCUUCCCGUCGCAGGUGACCUGCACCGAGGCCCUCCUGCAGACCCCAGGCUUGCCCUCCGGGCCCCCCUCGGGCUGCCCGUGCAGUCUCCCGCACAGCGAGAGUUCGCUGAGCCGCCUGCUGCGCGCGCUGCUGGCCGCCCGCUCCAGUCUGGAGCUCUGCCUCUUCGCCUUCUCCAGCCCGCAGCUGGGCCGUGCGGUGCAGCUGCUGCACCAGCGCGGGGUGCGCGUGCGGGUCAUCACCGACUGCGACUACAUGGCCCUCAACGGUUCGCAGAUCGGCCUGCUGCGCAAGGCAGGUAAACCGCCGCCGCCGCCGCCGCCGGAGGUGUUCACUAGAGGAGGGGCUGAGGUGGCAGAGGACUUAGUGGAUGCCCCAGCCGACUGGUCUAAAACAGGUAUACAGGUACGGCAUGACCAGGACCUCGGCUACAUGCACCAUAAGUUUGCCAUCAUUGACAAGAAGGUACUCAUCACUGGCUCCCUCAAUUGGACCACACAGGCCAUCCAGAACAACCGUGAGAACGUUCUGAUUAUGGAGGACACUGAGUAUGUGCGGCUCUUCCUGGAGGAGUUCGAGCGCAUCUGGGAAGAAUUUGACCCCACCAAGUACAGCUUUUUCCCCCAGAAGCAGCGAGGGCACUGACCCUGCUCUGUCUUGCUUCGUCUUCCAGCUUGCUCUUGUGAGGUUCCCUCCUGCUUUGGAAAAGCCUUUCCUGGCAGGGGGCAGUCCUGGGUACACUGGGCUGAUAAGUCUUCUUGUCCUCGCAUCCCCAUGAGAAGUCAGGAAGGAGGCGACAGUGGGCAGUGCUGUAGGGUGUCCUCUAGCAGUAGUUGUCUAGAUAGGCAGGCCAUUCUCUUCAAGUGGCUUCUGGGCAUCACUCGACAUGUCUGAUAGUACUGACCCUCUGCCAUUGGCCUUGUAGCCUGGCAGUUAGUCACCGGUGAGCACUAUGUCUAGGCGCCUUUAAUUUUCCAUGUCCCUCACAUUAGAGCAACACUGUGACUUAGAAGUGACCUCGGCUCUAGCACCUGUGGACUCAUGGCUUUUUGCUCAGUCAUGGAUCAGGAGCUGACGACCAAGGGAGGUAAGAAGAGCUGCCCAGGCUGUGAGCUCUGCCGUGGGCAUCCCAGGGAGUCAGAGGAACAAGUUUCUCAUACGCAUUUGUGUGACAUGUUCCAAAUUACUUUGUUUUUAUAUGCAAGUAGCUCAAGUGACGUAAGAGCUAGUUUUGUCAUUGUUCAUGCUUGUGUGUGUGACAGGCUCCAUGUGGCCCCUUAAAGUCAGUCUGAGUAGAUGAAGUGUCCUUUAGCUCAUGGAACCAUUAGCAGCAGAUGCUGCUCAAUACAGGUGUUUUCUUUCUUUUUUUGGGGGAGGGGCAGGGAGAUAGUAUCACUAUGUAGCCCUGGCUGGUCUUCAACUCAGAGAUCUCUCUGAUUCUGCCUCAGGAACUGGGAUUACAGGCAUGUGCCACCAUGCCCAGCUAUUUUCACCCUUUUAAAUGUUACCUUUUACUUAGUGUUAAGACAAGCAAACUUGAUGUUGAUUUUCCAAAAGAUUUAACAGACACUAUAAAGUAUAAUACUCAGAAGUAGUUAUGUUGGAUAAGUUCCUUUCCUUCUGGAGCUCGUGAAUUCCUAAGUGUGUGCUCUGGUGGGGGGAGAUCACAAAAUUUCCUUUGAGUGACAGUGCCAUUGGGGACCUUGGACUGGUGGCAUAUUUCAAUAAAUAUUACUUUAGAAUAUAAA